AUGGCUGACCUCCCGCAAUGGAUACCGAACGACGACGACGAUGUGGUUCUUGGUACGACCCCGGUUACCAACCUGGAGCAAGCGGACGACAUUCUCCUUCUCUCGACGACAGCACGGGGCCUGCAGAGGAAGAUGUCUGGACUGUUUCGGUGGUGCGGCAGGAACUUCAUGAUCAUCAACAGUGUCAAGUCCGAGGUCAUGGUGUUUGGAACCCGCUCCACCGACAUGCCCCAGUUUCGGUUCGGCGAUGAGGUGGUGUCGGUAGUGGAUGCGCAGUCCUACAUCGGCUUCAAGGUCUCGUCAAAACCACGGAUGCUGCUGUCGCGACAUUACGACGAGAAGGCAGAGCAGGCACGUCAGGUGGGACUCAGUAUCUGUGGCCUAGAAGCACUGAUUGGAAAGAUGCCCGUGCCUCAUCUCCUCAAGCUGUACCAAUCGCUGGUGGACCCUCACCUGACGCACGGGUGUGAAAUCAUCCUCGAUACGGUGGCCAACCAGUUACAGAAGCUGGAACGGGUCCAGUUAGCAUUUCUGAGACGGGUGUUGGGCGUAGGCGAGCGCAGCAUACGCGUGGUCCUGUUCACGGAGACGGGCAUGCUCCCCAUCCGUAUUCGACGCCUGCUGCUCGCGAUCGACUGUGUCCGCUACUAUGUACGGCUACCUCGGGGACACCUGGCUCGGGAGGCGUUUGAAAGAGGCUAUGGCACUGGACGCGAUGGGGAAGGGCAACUGGGUAGCAGACUUGCGAGCUGUGAUUUCGGAGCUGCCCUACUCGACGUCAUUUCCGGACGCCCAGUCGGGGCUGACAAAUGGCUACACACGCUCCUCGAGGACAACGAACUGCUAUACCUGCUACACGGGAGGAAGGAGCGAGUGGGAUCGGGUGAAGUUAGAGUGGUGCGACGGUCUUUGCGGGGGUACCUCAGAAUCGGGAAUCGAGACCACCGUGUGGCGCUCACCAAACUACUGGUCGCAAACCACACCCUUCGCUCGGUAACUGGUCGGUGGGCAGGCAUACCACUAAACGAGCGGUGGUGCCGAAUGUGUGGACAGGCGGAAGAGACACCCGAACACGUCCUAUUGGAAUGUCGUGGGGUCGCUGAGGUGAUCACCCAGAGACAGAGGGUGCGACAGCUGCUAAUGAACGUCUUGAAGCCAGACGAUAUGGAACGCAUCCGAAGCGUGGGGAGCAGGGGCACCGACCAACUGCGCAUUCUCAUCAGCAUCGACAAGGCCAGCGUGAUAGUGGCACCCUUUGCGUACAAGGUCAUGAAGACGCUUCGACAGGUAGCAUCGUAA